AUGGUACUAGAACUGCUCUCAAACAAGCAGUUAUUUAAAAAUGAUUUCCUCCGAUCGGCUCGCAAAGUGGUGCGUAUUUGCCAGCUUUUUGGAACGGUGCCAUGGUAUCUGGAUCUGUUCGAAGCCGGUUUCUUCCUUCGAGAGCAACAUCAGGGUGGGUUGCGAUGUUGGAGACUAUGGUGCAUGCAGGGGUUGAACACGGUCUACUCGAUCAUGAUCACUUCGGCUAUAAUGACCACCACUGUGCUGCAGCACUCUGACUUCGACUGGAAGAUGCCGUUCAUGACGCAAAUGUUGUACAUCAGCGAGUAUAUCACGGCGAACGGUGUGGUGCUGAUGGUGUUGAUCGGGUGUCAUUAUCAACGCUGCUUCUAUCGAAAAUUUGCAGAAAAAUUGCUCGCAAUCACGGCCAGCAUCGCAUCCUGCGGUGCUGCGGUCGAUUUUCAGCGCAUCGAGAACAUCUUCAACCGACUGCUGCUCGGGGUGGCACUAUUCUUCGGCACCGUGCUUACGGUGGACUUCCUGUACAACGAUCGAUCGUUUUGGAGCUUCUUGAGGAGCUCCUCCGUGUACACGUUGUCGAACAUAAUCAACGUGCUAGGGCUGAUCCAGUACACCUACCUGCUGUACUUCAUCUAUCUAUUCUACAGCGACGUGAACCGGUUACUAAUGUCCUACACGGUUAACGCAUCCCGGGACAAACAGUGUCGCACACGCCGUCGUCUGUCAUACGAGACGACGAUCGUCACGCCGUCUAGUGGUGGCGCUUCCUUGCUGUAUGACUAUGCUCACCUCAUCGAUCUACUACGCUCGAUCCACCUCGAGUUGAACGAGCUGCUCGAACAGGUGAAUGACUGCUUCGGGGUGCUGAUCGUAUCCACCACGACCGCCUCCUUCAUCGUGCUUAGUCUGCAGUUCUUUGCCAUCUAUACGUUGACAACGGUACGGGUAUGGAAAGUCAGUGACACGUUAUUGCUGGUGUACACCGUCUUAUGGAUAGUGCUACAUGGUGCCAAAGUCCUGAUGGUUCUGUACCCUAGCCAUCUAGUGCAGAAGGAGCGGGAGCGUACAGGACCCAUUUUGUACCAUUUCAAUCCGCACGAGAAGGAUACAGCACUCGCAAACGCGCUAAUGAAGUUUUCGAACCAGCUUCUGCACGAAACGGGACACCAAACUGCUUGCGGUCUCAUUCAUUUGGAAAUGACGCUCAUAAGUACGAUGGUUGGUGCGCUUACGACCUAUCUGGUCAUUCUGAUACAGUUUGACACGGCCGUAUCACAAGGCCAAUCGACUGCCAACGCGUCCCAGAAGGGUAGUUCCGGCGCCUAGCACUAGGGAUUCCACCCCCAUCGCACCGAUCUAAUAAACUUUGCAUCAGAUUCGAGCACGAAGGUGGCGUGAUUCGAUGUUUCGAGGGAUCCGAAGCAAUACGCUUCGAAGAUGAGUGCAUCAAACAACGUGUAGAGAAGAUAAUGAUGGACAUUUCAAUUUCAAAUCGUAUCUACCUACUCAAUGGGGUAAGUUAAAAUACUGUCCUUGACGGUCCAUUUUACACCUCGCAUAAGCUAAGAAAUUUAUAAAUG